AUGUCGGCCGCUCAAAUUACAUCUCAGAUCAACACAUUUGACGACAAGCCUCGCCGAGGAAAGCGCGGUUACCACAAAUCCAAAGAUGGCUUACUAAACGUCAAAUCUAUAGGUAGCGAAAUUGCUAUCGUACAGCGAAACGCCGAAGAGUCGCCUCUAUUACGACUUCCUGCCGAAAUCCGCGCCAUGAUCUGGAAGCUCGCUAUUGGAAACCCUAUCAUCCGUCCAGCAUGGGGUGGACCUAUUAAGCCACUCAAAUAUAGAUCCCCGUUUGAGGAGCGAGCGUCUGAAUUCCCCGCACCAAGGCACCGCUUCGCCCUCCUUCGUGUCUGCCGCCAGAUCUACUCGGAAGCUGCUGCAUCUUUCGCUUCUACGACUUUGGCAGUUUAA